UCCUCACUUCUUUGAAGGCCUGUUUGAGGGUCAAGAUGUGAUUUUAGGGCUGAGGUUAGAAUUGAGUUUUGGUUUGGAUUAAAGCAAAGGUUAGACUUCUGCCUUUAUUUGUGAUGGUUAGGGUGAGGGGCUAGGGGGGCAUUAUGUCAAUGGAGGUCCUCACCUCGACGUAAGUACAAGAGAAUGUGUGUGUGUGUGUGUGUGUGUGUCACAGACAUCUGCCUUGCAAUUGUUUAUUAGCGUGGAAAUGUAAAAGUGGUGUCUGCUGAGCAGCAAACACACCUAGAGAUAAGUACUGUUCAAUAAAUGAAUGUCAGUCUUUUAUGCAAAUCUUCAUUUCCUGCCUCGUCACAAGCACAGACUGAUGUAGAACAUUCAGCUUCAUUUAAAGCACCUGAGCUCUGUGGAGAUAAGGAGGCUCGGCUCUGCAGCAAUAAAUGUCCUAGAGAACAUAAACCUGAAGCCUGUUCACUGACGCCAAGACAGAAACUGGACCUGGUUGUGCAAACGGAUCGGUGGCUGGAGCUGAGUCAGCAUUUGUCACGGCUACCGACCAGCUGAGCGCCUGCCCGUCUGGUCAUGUGACCCGUCAUGGCUGACAGCAGCGCGCUGGCAGCAGCCGUCUCCAUCAGCAGCAACCUCACGGCCAACGCCACGCUCACCGUGCAGGUGGCAGCAGUCAUCAACUGGCUGAGCUUUGGCAUCGGGCUGCCGGCCAUCGCUCUGGCCCUUUACGCCCUGAAGAACAUGUCCAAAGGCGACAACAAGGUUCCCAUGCACGUCAUGCUGCUCCUGGUCUCCGACGUCAUCAGCUUCUUCAGCCGGCCCGUUGUGAACCAGAACAUGGACGGCGGUUCCGUUCUCUCCUCCAGCGGCACGGACUUCAUUUUCUACUUUGGAGUCACCUCCAACAUCACUCUGAUGCUGGUCAUCGCGCAGGAGCACCACCUGCAGCUGGCCUGCCCGCAGUGUCUGGGCUGCUUCGCUCGGGUGCGGCAGUCUCCGGCGGUGGCGCUGCUGCUUUGGGCCGCCCCGUUCGCUGUGCUGAGCCUGGCCCUGCUCAAGUACAACCUGUGGUUUGCCGUGGCACUGCUGUCCCCCUUCCCCUUCCUCCUCUUCUUUGCCCUGGACUCGUGGAGAGCCCUGAUCUGCUCUCGUUCCGAGCCCCCGACGGCCGAGAGGCGGAGGGCUGUGUGGGGCAUCGGCGCCAUCUGGGCCAACUACACCCUCUUCUACAGCCCCUUCAUCCUCAGCGUCCUGCUGGAAGCGCUGUCCUUCCAGCAGGUGGUGAGCUACGUUGGGCUGGUGUCUCACCUGCUGCUCUACCUCAGCCCCCUGUUGGACCCUUUCCUCUACUUAUUCAUGACCAAAGGGUUUAAAGAGGUGCUGCAGGCGAUGCCCUGCUGUCCCAACCCCAGACGCGAAGACCCGACGGGUCCAACUGUGCCAAGUGUGGCUGAGACUGUGGACACAGAACUUUAAGACGUGUCCAUGAGCCUGGAUUGAACCAGUUCAUGAUCCGUGUGGUUCUUUGGAGGACACGGCAGAAGCUCGGCUCUUUGGUGGAGAUGUGUAACAUGCGCUUGGGUUUUUGUGUGUUUGUCAACUGUCCCAAAGAACCUUCACUGAGUCGAACUGUGGCCAGUUUGGUUUAAUGCACAGCUGGUCUUACAUGAAUAUGAAGCAAAAAAUAUCUGACAUAGAAAACUGUAAAUGUAGCAGAAAGAAGUGAGUAGUAGCAGAUGCAUAAAACUAAUAAAACAGUGAUGUCAAGCUAAUGAACAUUCCAAAACCAGAAA